AUGGGCCGACAAUACCUUAAAGCAAGAGCGGUGCUUUCAGAAAAAGGAGCAACGCCUUCUGUCGACGUUCCCGGGAUUGUACGAGAGGUGAUUGAGACCAUUCGCAAGGAUGGCGAUAAGGCUGUGACGAAGUACUCCGAGAAAUUUGACAAAUGGUCGCCCCAGAGUUUCAAACUGUCCCAGAGUGACAUUGAUGCUGCCAUCGCCAAUUGCUCCAAGCAAACUCUCGACGAUAUAAAGGAGGUUCAACAGAAUGUACGUCUGUUUGCAGAAGCACAAAAGGCUUCGCUAAAAGAUUUCGAAGUUGAAAUCAAACCGGGAGUGCAUCUGGGACAGAAGAAUGUCCCAAUUGAUAACGUCGGCGCAUACAUUCCUGGAGGACGCUAUCCGCUGCUUGCAUCCGCGCAUAUGACCAUUCUCACAGCGAAGGUUGCUGGUGUCAAGCACGUCAUCGGUUGCACACCCCCCGUCAAUGGCCAGAUUCCGAACAGCACCGUUGCGGCAAUGCAUCUGGCAGGAGUGGAUGAGAUCUUCCUCUUGGGGGGCGUUCAAGCUGUGGCUGCCAUGGCCGUAGGCACUGAGAGCAUCCAAAAAGUUGAUUUCAUCGCAGGACCAGGAAAUGCCUUUGUGGCCGAGGGGAAGAGGCAGCUCUUUGGGGAGAUUGGUAUCGACCUUUUUGCCGGCCCUACGGAAAUCCUUGUCUUGGCUGAUGAAACUGCCGACCCCUUCACCAUUGCUACAGAUCUGGUCUCGCAGGCGGAGCAUGGCCCAGAUACUCCGGCUGUGUUAAUCACCACUAGCCCUGAUGUGGGGUGGAAGGCGAUUGAAGCUGUGAAUCAGCUUCUUGGAUUUUCAGAUCUUUCAACAGCUGGGGUCGCGAAAACGUCGUGGGAAGCGUUUGGAGAAGUCAUUGUUGUUGAUUCCAUGGAUGAUCUGUGGCAAUUGGCGAACCAUUAUGCGAGCGAGCAUGUACAGGUGUUCACCAGAAAUCCACGGGAUGCUCUGGUACGGAUGACCAACUAUGGAACGCUGUUCUUGGGCGAAAGGACCUGCGUCUCCUAUGGUGAUAAGGUCAUUGGCACGAAUCAUGUGCUUCCCACUCGAUCCACCGCUAGAUAUACCGGUGGUCUGUGGGUGGGCAAGUACCUGAAAACCUGCACCUAUCAAGAAGUCACCUCAGAGAAAGCAAGUGGGGACCUAGGCCGGCUCUGUGGACGUGCCGCACGUGCUGAGAACUUCGAGGCGCAUGCACGAUCUGGCGACCUACGGGCAGCUCAAUACACGAGUGACAAUUUUGAGUGGAUUCAGAAGACGAAGGCACGCAUGUGA